ACUUUUUCUUUCAUCCGCGAGCCUCGAAGCUGCAAGUUCUUGCAUUCUACUCUAUAUAGAAUCUCUUAUCCCUAUGACCAUCAAUCUCUUCCUCGAAGGCGCUAAAAUUUGACUACAGAUUGUAUCGUGGCGCAAGUGCUGGUAUACAUUACAAUAAGAGAGAAAUAUAAGAGUCGUUAGCCACUUACCCUCAGUGGGUCCAUCUUUUCACAAUAGCUAUAAAGUUGGCUCGUCCAACCAUGGAACGGACACAAUUUCUUCCACCUUGCUUCGAACUUUUUUUGCGCUGAGCGCCCUAACAUUUAUUCACUCCAGUCUUAAAGAUCACACAAGCUUUGACAAUGGACCAAUACGUUCCACGAGACUUUGUCUCAGCUCCUGCACACACUGACUCAGCUCCCAGCACUCCUGAUCGAAGUGCGGGCAAAAUUCGCAUUCCGCCGCUCAGUGUUAUCCGCAAACCUAAUACUUACACUCAUCGCGAGAUAUUUGGUACCGAUGAUGAGUACGAGGAUGAUCGUCACCAAGACAACGACCCGCAGCGAUUUCUCGAUUCUUUGGACUUCGACCCCCAUAACAUGACCAUUCCCUUCCCAAGUCCCAGGAAGAUUGCGGGGUCAAAAAGAGUCGUUUCUGCGCAGAAUGCUCAGAGGCUGAGAGAGCAAGCCGGGUGGAAGGCUGGUGAAUUGAGUCGUGCUUCUGCUCCCACGCAAGAGGUUUUCCAGAGCAUUACCGCUACCCCUAAUUUAAGCGGAGGAAGCUUUGAGGAAUUUCGCGCUGAAUGCUAUGCUCAGUCAUAUAUUGCCACUGGUGGUCCUCCUCCUCCGUCUAUCCCUCUUUCUGUCAACGCAUUUGGCGUAUACCAACCGGCGCAAAGCAUUCCUCCUACCUUCCAGCCUUGUCUAUUUGUUAAUCAACCGCAGGAGACAUGGAAUACCAGCGAUGUGGAGAUGUCGGAUGCUUGAUGUUACCGUCUUACGCUAGUGACUUGGACAUUUCUUCAGACUCCUCGGACCGUACAUUCCUUCACGCAUCCCAGAAUCAUGAUUAUUUUACAAUCCUCUUACCCAUUAGCAUUGAAUGAUCUAGCUUCCGUCAGUCUACGUUGUGAACGAUAUCCAUUUCUAUUUAUUCAUGUCACCUACUCGAAGUAUCUACAUAGAAAAUAUAAUGC